GCUGUCUUCUCGUUAUCUUGCGUGCUCCAGGCAAGAACUGCAUUUUAUGUGGCCCAAGUUUCAUUGCCAAUGGACAAAUGCACACUGUCGCCGCGUGUCUCCUCCACCGACUCAUUCCAUUUCCCCGUAGGCUGUAACCAAGUUUACUUGUUAUCCAUGCAGAAACUUUUCCCUUCGCGGCAAUCAUGAGACCCUCUUCCCCGUACACCGCAAAACCAGUCAGACCACCACCGACGCCAACUCCAUCAGUCUUCCCCCAAAACUUCUCUUUCAAUCUAAAUGUGAAAAGGUCCUCCGUGUUUAGGCCACGUAAUGCCAGAUUUGCAGUGACCAUGACCCCCAGCUCCGGACACUCUUCAUCUCCCGUGAUCGAAUCGGAUAUCGGAUCCCACUCCAGCAUGAUUCGGAAUACGCCUGGGAAGUCGGAAGCUGUAGAGGAGGGCAUCGAGAGGGCUAUAUAUCGAUGUCGUUUCAUGGCUCUUUUGGGAGUCUUGGGCUCUUUGGUCGGAUCAAUUUUGUGUUUUAUCAAGGGCUGCACCUAUGUUGUAUCAUCAUAUCUGGAGUACUCUGUAAAUCGGGGAAAAGUGAUUAUGUUGCUGGUUGAGUCUAUCGAUGUCUAUCUUUUGGGAACUGUGAUGCUGGUUUUUGGAAUGGGUCUUUAUGAGCUCUUUGUCAGCAAUCUUGACACUGUCAAAUCACCAUUGAAGGAAAAACUUCCAUACAGAUCUAAUCUCUUUGGCUUAUUCACUCUAAAGGAACGACCUAAAUGGUUAAAUAUUAAAACUGUCAAUGAGCUAAAAACCAAGCUUGGCCAUGUUAUAGUGAUGCUGCUUCUAAUUGGGUUGUUUGAAAAGAGUAAAAAGGCAGUUAUACAGUCUCCGGUAGAUUUGCUUUGCUUCUCAGCUUCUGUCCUCCUCUCCUCUGGUUCCCUGUUUCUAUUGUCGAAGCUCACUGAUCAAACUGAUUGCCAAACAUGAUGCUGCUUUGAGGAAAAAAACUAAUGGAAUGCACAUACGUGUGUAUAUAUGAUUGUACCUGGCUCUAUGUAUAUACGUGUAUGAGUUGCAUCUGAAUUUUGCUACAUGAACCAACCAGGUGCAUAUCUGGCUCUAUGCUUUCGCAAUUUUAUAGAUACUGUUAAGACUA